AUGUCUCGCAUGGAAUUAUAUUCUCCCGAAGGGCUUCGGAUUGAUGGAAGAAGGUGGAAUGAGUUGCGCCGUUUCGAGUGUCAGAUAAAUACGCAUCCACACUCCUCUGAUGGAUCAUCAUACGUCGAGCACGGCAACACCAAAGUCAUGUGUAUUGUUAAAGGUCCAAUGGAGCCACGUACGAGGGCCCAGCAAGACCAAGACAAUGCCACGCUAGAUAUCAACAUCAAUGUUGCCAGUUUCUCGACAUUGGAGAGGAAGAAGAGAAGCAAGAACGAAAAGCGCCUUAUUGAGCUCAAGACCACGCUUGAAAGAACCUUCGAGAAGAGUGUUCUAACGCAUCUAUACCCCAAAACACUUAUAGAAAUCAGUGUUCAAGUUCUCGCACAGGAUGGUGGCAUGUUGGCCACCAUUACCAACGCCAUCACUUUGGCUCUUAUAGAUGCUGGUAUUUCCAUCUAUGACUACGUAUCGGCCGUUACUGUUGGCCUUCAUGACCAAACCCCACUUCUAGACCUCAAUACAUUGGAAGAGGGAGAUGUCAGCAAUUUGACUGUCGGUGUUGUUGGAAAGAGUGAAAAGUUGGCCAUGUUACUCUUGGAAGAUAAGAUGCCAUUGGAUCAUUUGGAGUCCGUGCUAGGCAUAGCCAUUGCCGGUAGUCACAAGGUCAGGGAGUUGCUUGAUGAAGAGGUCAGGAGGCAUGGAAACAAAAGAUCAGCAAAGCUACAAGGUUAA